AUGGCAUUCUUCGAUACCGACGACAUCACAGCCGUGAUGCCAUUUACCCUCUGGAUGUUGAAGAUACUUGGCGUGCGUGGUUCCCGAUCGGACUUCCGGAGGUACCAAUUUGUGGUUUUCUGGAUCUGCUUCGUAACUGUAGGGCCCAAGACGUUUCUGGGAUACCGAGACGAUGUAGAUCUGAUCAUUCGUGGCGUGGCGGAGUGGAUACUUGAGAGUAUCAUCGUUAUUAAGGUGGUAAUCAUCGGUUGGAACCGGAAUGAGUUUGAGCAAAUGCUAGUACUGAUGCGUACAUGGUUUAAGAAAACGUUUGCCUCUAGUUACAUAUCUGAUGAAGCCACACUCCUAGCGGAAUGUAAUCGAGCAAUCGAUCUGUUUGCUAAAGGAUAUUUUACAUACUGUAUGAUAAUGGUGAGCUUGUUCAAUGCUGGUCCAAUGAUUCAAUCAACGUUGCUCUAUUUGAAUUAUGAUCAAAACAAUAGCUCUAGACCGGAGUUCAAGACUCACAUGGAACAGGAAUUCUAUUGGCUGGAUAUUCGGACCAACUUCGUACACUACACAAUCUACUCCGUGUGCGCAAUGGUGUCCUAUUUGCUCUCUUCUUACUUGUGUGCCGUAGAAGCAGUAUAUGUCUACAGCUGCUGCAAAUGUUGCUCCCAUAUGUUCGAUGUGAUAGCAAUAAGAUUGAAAAGUAUGGCUUCAACUAAAUCAACCGAUCAGCUCAGUGGGGAACUUGCCGAUAUCAUAAAAAUGCACGUUGACACGUUUCGCUGCGUUCAGCAUUUGAACGACAUUUGCCUGUUUGCAUUUGCCAUUCAAAUAUUCAGUUGUGUGUUGAUAUGGUGCUCGAUGGCCGCUUACUUAACGAGAAAUGUCGACGCCAAUGCGGUGAAUAUAGUUGUGUUGUUCGUCGUAAUUACCGCUGAAACAUGUGGACUUUGCUUCCUGGGAACACAACUUGCUUAUAAGAGCAUAAACGUUCAAAAUUCUGUUUACGACUACCCUUGGUAUGAUGCACCAAUUGCAAUACGGAGAAGUUUACUUCGAAUGCUACAGAGGGCACAGAAACGCACCGGAAUAACGGCAGCUGGAUUUUGCUUCGUGGACUUUGAGCGUUUCGGUAGUCUUGUGCAGACAUCAUAUUCAAUCUUCAUCGUUUUGAAGGAUACUUUGUGAUUCCUGUGUGGCUGAUAUUUGGAUCUUGUAUUGAUGUAUUCAAUUUCAGAUAAU